AUGAUCUCCCUCUCUUUGCUUCACACAGACACUUACUCGUACGUACACGUGCAGGAAUAUUAUGAAACCUCUAUAAAAACCAUAUACGCACACUUAUAUCUAUCUAUCUAUCUAUCUAUCUAUCUAUCUAUCUCUGGUAAUAUUUUUUAUCUAUCUAUCUAUCAUUCAUCUAUCUAUCUAUCUAUCUAUCUCAAUAUAUUGCUGGUAAUAUUUUUUAUCUAUCUAUCUAUCUAUCUAUCUAUCUAUCUAUCUAUCUAUCUAUCUAUUGCUGGUAAUAUUUUUUUAUCUAUCUAUCUAUCUAUUUCUAUCUAUCUAUCUAUCUAUCUAUCUAUCUAUCUCACUGGUAAUAUUUUUUUAUUUAUCUAUCUAUUCAUCUAUCUAUCUAUCUAUCUAUCUAUCUAUCUAUCUCAGUAUAUAUUGCUGGUAAUAUUUUUUAUCUUUAUCUAUCUAUCUAUCUAUUGUUCUAUCUAUCUAUCUAUCUCAGUAUACAUUGCUGGUAAUAUUUUUUAUCUAUCUAUCUAUCUAUCUAUCUAUCUAUCUAUCUAUCUAUCUAUCUCAGUAUAUAUUGCUGGUAAUAUUUUUUAUCUAUCUAUCUAUCUAUCUAUCUAUCUAUCUAUCUAUCUAUCUAUCUAUCUCAUUGGUAAUAUUUUAUAUUUUAUCUAUAAAUCUAUCUAUUAUCUGUAUAUAUUGGUUUGGAUUGUUUUGUUUUUAUGUCAUAAACCACAAUGUUAUUUAAAUGGUAAUAUUUUUUAUCUAAUCUAUCUAUCUAUCUAUCUAUCUAUCUAUCUAUCUAUCUAUCUCAAGAAUAUUAAACCAUAUGCGUAUAAAUAUCUUUUCUCUGUCCUAUCUAUCUGA